AGCCAAUUUUACUCUAAACCCUAAAAUUCUAAAACAGACCCAAAAAAUUCGAAAAAGGUCGCCGUUACCUCUUCGAUGUCCCUGGAAACGAUGACGAGGAAGAAAGGUCGUCGUUUUCCCGGCGAGAGGACGACGAUGGAGUCGCUUCCAGACGACAUGCUGCGCCGGAUCCUCUCCAGGCUGUGCGACGCCCGAGACGUCGCCGCUUGCUCCCCCGUCUCCCGGCGCUGGCGAGAGGCCACCGCCUUCAUCCCUUCCCUCCACUUCCUCAGCAAUGCCUUGCAAGGAGGCGGAACCCCUGCCGACGCCGACAUCUUACGCAUGGUUUCCGCCGCCGCCUCGUCCCUCGAGGAUCUCGUCAUCCACUGCCCCUUUUCCGGCCGCAGUCUCGCCUCCUGCCUCGCCCUCUGCGGCCAAUCCCUCCGCUCCCUCGAUCUCCGCGUGGACUUGUUGGACGGCGGGCUCGACUGCGUCAGCCUCGCCAAAGGGUUAGAGUCUCUCAAGCUCUGGCAUCCCUCCCUGAUUUCUUCUCCCAAUUGGGGUUUGUCCGCCUACGGGAGAUUGCGCAGAUUGGAGAUGGUCGGCGGCAUGGUUCUCAGCGAACAUUUGGCCGACGUGAUGCGUGCUUGCCCCCAUCUCACUGACUUGAUCCUGAUUAGAUGCUGUUCGGAAGGCGCGAUCUCGAUUGAACUGGAGCGAUUGGAGAGAUGCAAAUUGGAUCUCUAUUUGACAGUGCAUUGUUCCCUAAAUCUGAACUCGCCGAGGCUUCAAGACCUUGAUAUCCAAGGAUUUUUCCGGAUUCAAGUCGGCCAUAAUCACCGGUUAAAGAGGCUUUCCAUCGCAAACAAUGAAGGUAAUGUGACGAUGGUGGAUGUGGGGAAGCUACCGGAGCUGGAGUAUUUGUCGAUCGAAGGUCAACACUGGUAUUGGAGUGAGAUAAGGACUCUUCUGCGAAAUGCAAUUGAGGUGGAGCUUUUGGUCAUUAACAUUGAAUAUUCUGGCGAUUUUCUUGAACCUGAAACUUUUCCAGCGAUUCAAUUGGAAGAAUUCUUCGGCAACCACAGGAAACUACGUAAGUUGGAGAUCCACGGUGCGUUCUUCGCAGCAUUUCAGCAUGGUAUUAGUCCAGAAGAUUUGGAGUUAGAGUUCAUGAUUUCUUCCUCUCUCGAGGAGCUGAUCGUCGCAGUGAGCUCGCCGCUGCAUUUGAAGGAGAAGGCGAACACACUCGAAUAUUUGCUGAAGCAUUGCGUGAAGCUGCGGAGGAUAUUGAUCAGAAUCUCGCAGAUGGUCAGGGAUGAGAAGUUUGAUGAUUUCUUUGAAGACAUUGGCAAUAUCAGGAACUUGUACUGCACGAUCAUCCAUAUUGACUUACCAUUAUCUACUGUGCCUGUGUAAACUAUACCAUGCAGCUCUCUAUUAGUUCUAAUGUCUACAAGAUUAUUAAUCCUUUGCAUG